CUAACAUGACUAAAACAUUUUCAGAAGUACCGAUACAAAUAAAAUAACGUGUGCAGGGCUACCGAAGAACCCAUGAGGACAACGGUCAUUACUUUGGAAUCGAGUACUGUCGCCAAUCCCAGGACUUGAGAAGGUAAGACGCAGGGUGAGCAUCAAUGGGAGUACACCGACGGGGGAGGGGAGGGAAGGGAAAUGAAAAGAUCAGAGAAGAUUAAUUACCACAUUAUUUGUGAAAGGGGAGGAGAUGGUGGCUUGGGCCGAUGGGCGAGGACCCCUCGCAAGGGAGUGGAAAAGGUUCUUUUCGCAGUUAGAAGGGACAGGGGAGUGGGAGGAGGGGCAACGAGCAACAGGAACCUUCCCGAGGUGGAAGGGGUGCGUCACGAACGUAGCCACCUCUGGAAAGAGAAAAUCUGCCCUCAGGACGACCUCAGUAAGCAAUGGUGAAGGAAGGGGGAGUGACCUUCCUAGGUGUGACGGAGGAAAUACAGGAUCACUUCCCAAAGAACGGAGGGAGACGACGUUCCCAUGCCGCCCUGCUCUCAUCAGCCGUUGGCCUGCCAUCUCCUUGAGUCCUAACACCAUGCCUUCAAUUAAGUUGCAGAGUUCUGAUGGAGAGAUAUUUGAAGUUGAUGUUGAAAUCGCGAAACAAUCUGUGACUAUUAAGACCAUGUUGGAAGAUUUGGGAAUGGAUGAUGAAGGAGAUGUUGAUCCACUCCCCUUGCCAAAAGUUCAUGCAGCAGUAUUAAAAAAAGUCAUUCAGUGGUGCACCCACCACAAGUAUGAUCCUCCUUCUCCUGAGGAUGAUGAGAACAAAGAAAAGUGAACAGAGGAUAUCCCUGUUUGGGUUCAAGAAUUCCUGAAAGUUGACCAAGGAACACUUUUUAAGCUUACAUUGGCAGCAAACUACUUAGACAUCAAAGAUUUGCUUGAUGUUACCUGCAACACUGUUGCCAAUAUGAUCAAGGGGGAAACUCCUGAGGAGAUUCGAAAGACAUUCAAUAUCAAAAAUGAUUUUACUGAAGAAGAGGAAAUCCAGGUACACAAAGAGAAUGAGUGGUGUGAGAAGUGAAAUUUUGUGUCUGAUGCUGUAACACUGUAAGGAUUGUUUC